CCCGCCUGGCCCAGUCCUCCCCGGCUGUCUGCUGGGCUCGCGCGCCGCGGACUGAGCUUGGGCCACCUCAGCCGCCUCAGCCGCCUCAGCCCCUCUCCGCCGCCUGCGUCUCGCCCUCUGCGCCGCCCGGCCCCGCCGCCCCGCGCGCCCCCAGCCUCUCAGCCAGAUGAUGAACUUCCUGCGGCGCCGGCUGUCGGACAGCAGCUUCAUCGCCAACCUGCCCAAUGGCUACAUGACCGACCUGCAGCGGCCGGAGCCCCAGCAGCCGCCGCCGCCGCCGCCCCCCGGCCCCGGCGCGGCCUCGGCCUCGUCGGCGCCCCCGGCCGCCUCACCCGGCCCCGAGCGGAGGCCGCCGCCCGCCCAGGCGCCCGCGCCGCAGCCCGCGCCGCAGCCGACCCCGGCGCCGUCGGUGGGCAGCAGCUUCUUCAGCUCGCUGUCCCAGGCGGUGAAGCAGACCGCAGCCUCGGCGGGCCUGGUGGACGCGCCCGCGCCCGCGCCCGCCGCCGCCAGGAAGGCCAAGGUGCUGCUGGUGGUCGACGAGCCGCACACCGACUGGGCCAAGUGCUUUCGGGGCAAAAAAGUCCUUGGAGAUUAUGAUAUCAAAGUGGAACAGGCGGAAUUUUCAGAGCUCAACCUGGUGGCCCAUGCGGAUGGUACCUACGCCGUGGAUAUGCAGGUGCUCCGGAAUGGCACAAAGGUGGUCCGGUCCUUCCGGCCAGACUUUGUGCUCAUCCGGCAGCAUGCAUUCGGCAUGGCAGAGAAUGAGGACUUCCGCCACCUGAUCAUUGGCAUGCAGUACGCAGGCCUCCCCAGCAUCAACUCUCUGGAGUCCAUUUACAACUUCUGUGACAAGCCGUGGGUGUUUGCCCAGCUGGUGGCCAUCUACAAGACACUGGGAGGAGAAAAGUUCCCGCUCAUUGAGCAGACUUACUACCCCAACCACAAAGAAAUGCUGACUCUGCCCACGUUCCCUGUGGUGGUGAAGAUCGGCCACGCUCACUCGGGCAUGGGCAAGGUCAAAGUGGAAAACCACUACGACUUCCAGGACAUUGCCAGCGUGGUGGCCCUCACCCAGACCUACGCUACCGCAGAGCCUUUCAUUGAUGCCAAGUAUGACAUCCGGGUCCAGAAGAUUGGCACCAACUACAAGGCUUACAUGAGGACGUCAAUCUCAGGGAACUGGAAGACAAACACUGGCUCUGCAAUGCUGGAGCAGAUCGCCAUGUCAGACCGGUACAAGCUGUGGGUGGACACCUGCUCUGAGAUCUUCGGUGGCCUGGACAUCUGUGCCGUCAAAGCUGUGCAUGGCAAAGAUGGCAAAGACUAUAUUUUUGAGGUCAUGGACUGUAGUAUGCCGCUGAUCGGGGAGCACCAGGUGGAGGACAGACAACUCAUCACUGAGCUGGUCAUCAGCAAGAUGAACCAGCUGCUGUCGAGGACCCCUGUCCUCUCUCCUCAGAGACCCUUAACCACCCAGCAGCCACAGAGUGGAACACUUAAGGAUCCGGACUCGAGCAAGACCCCGCCUCAGCGGCCAGCCCCCCAAGGGGGCCCUGGGCAACCCCAAGGAAUGCAACCCCCAGGCAAGGUGCUGCCUCCACGCCGGCUCCCCCCAGGACCAUCAGUGCCACCUUCCUCCUCCUCCUCCUCCUCCUCCUCUUCCUCCUCCUCGGCUCCUCCGCGGCCGGGCGGCCCCACCACCCACGGAGAUGCGCCUUCCAGCAGCAGCUCCCUGGCAGAGGCCCAGCCACCCCCGGCUGCUCCACCGCAGAAGCCCCAGCCUCACCCACAGCUCAACAAGUCGCAGUCCCUGACCAAUGCCUUCAGCUUCUCUGAAUCUUCCUUCUUCCGCUCUUCAGCCAGUGAGGAUGAAGCCAAAGCAGAGACCAUCCGGAGCUUGAGGAAGUCCUUUGCCAGCCUCUUUUCAGAUUAGCUCUGCAGACACACAGGGGGCCCCCAGCCCAACUGGGAAAGGCAUCUGAGACACUUGCCAGCGACCGUCCGCCGCACUGGGUGGUGAUGUCCUGUGCCCUUGACGUGCGUGGCCCCUUCCUCCGCUCCGUUGUGCUCAGUGGUGUGGUACAGCCCAGCAAAGGAACCAGGUGACGGUCUCAGGGCAAGGUGCCUAACCAGCGAGGGGCACCUGGCAUCAGAGAGGGUCGAGCCCCCUUUCCCGUAGUCGUGAGAGUUUCCUCUGAGGUCCCCGCCUGCUGUGACUUUAGUGGCCUUACUGUGAUAGCGCCGUCAUGUCUUACUCUCCCUUGUGAAACCAGGGUGCCCUUCACCGAGGACAACUGCUUGCUUCACCAAGCUCAGAUGCAGUGCUAAGCAUGCCCCCCUCCCACUGUAGUCCAUGCUGCCCAUUUGGGAAGGAGAAUAUUCUUACCCUCCCCCAAAUAUUCUAGGCUGUACGUGUUAGGGACUCACUCACACCCGGAUCCCUUGUCACACCUAUUUAGCUGUUGGAAACACCUCUUCCCAACACACAUGGUUCCUCGACUUCUGUGGUGGUGAAGUGCCUGUGGUCUGCUGACUCCAGCGAUCAAGGACCUGUGGUCCCCGCUUCCCCACCCCCCCCACCCCGAUCACCGUCCCCUCGGCGCAGUCCUCCUGAGUGGACCGUGGUGGUCUUGAGCUCCUCUAAAGCCGUGCUGUAGAGAAUGCAUGCCAGUACGCCAAGUUUUGUGUUCCUCUCCAAAUAAAUGUUAAGACUUUUGGUGUAAUAAAAGCAGCAGCAUUCACCAGCA